UCACCGACAAGCACGUACAGAGAGAAGAAGAACUGAAACUGAACCACAAGACCAACAGUAAAAAAAUUAAAUGGAUACAACGCAAAUAUGUUAUAGCUAAAGUGUUGUUUCUGCAAGAUCUAUUACCUUUUAGGGUGCGACUGGUAGCCAUGAGAACCCUCGUUCUGGACAAUGGUGCUUACACGGCUAAGAUUGGAUACAGCCAUGAGAAAGUCAGUGUUAUUCCAAACUGCCAGUUCCGCUCCAAGUCUCUGAGGCUAAAAACUUUCACUGCAAAUCAGCUUGAUGAAAUUAAAGACCCGUCUGGACUCUUUUAUAUUCUUCCAUUUCAAAAGGGUUAUCUUGUGAACUGGGAUGUGCAACGGAAAGUGUGGGAUCAGCUUUUUGGAAAAGAAAUGUUCAAGGUGGACUUUGCUGAUACCAACAUUAUUAUAACCGAGCCCUACUUCAACUUCUCCUCAAUUCAAGAAUCCAUGAAUGAAAUUUUGUUUGAGGAGUACCAGUUUCAAGCAGCUCUCCGAAUAAACGCUGGAUCUUUGAGUGCACACAGACACUUCAGUGAGUACAAUAUGGAGUUGUGUUGCAUCGUGGUGGAUAGUGGCUUCUCCUUCACACACAUUGUCCCUUACUGCAGAGGAAGGAAGAUGCAAGAUGGCAUUUGCAGAAUAAAUGUAGGUGGAAAACUUCUCACCAACCACUUAAAAGAGAUCAUUUCAUACAGGCAACUACAUGUAAUGGAUGAGACUUACGUGAUCAAUCAAGUGAAGGAGGAUGUGUGCUAUGUCUCUCAGGAUUUUUACAAAGACAUGCAGAUUGCUCAGUUGAAAGGGGAGGAAAAUCUGGUAAUGAGAGACUACGUACUACCUGACUUUAGUGCCAUCAAAAAGGGCUUCUGUAAGCCUCGAGAGGAGAUGAAUUUCACUGGGAAGUAUAAAACUGGAGAGCAGAUACUGCACCUCACAAAUGAAAGAUUUGCUGUCCCAGAAAUGCUUUUCCACCCAUCAGAUAUCGGCAUCCAGGAAAUGGGCAUACCAGAAGCAAUAGUCAACUCCAUCAACAAAAUGCCAGAAGAAAUGCAACCUCACUUCUUCAAGAACAUCAUCCUGACAGGUGGCACCACCUUGUUUCCUGGCUUUAGGGAUCGUGUGUAUAAAGAAGUUCGUGCACUUGCCCCUAGUGUUUUCGAUGUUUCUGUAAUACAGCCACAGAAUCCAAUCUGCUAUCCUUGGGAAGGAGGAAAGCUGUUAGCGGAAAACCCCGACUUUGAAGAAAUGGUGGUAACACGGGAUGAUUAUGAAGAAAAUGGACAUUAUGUAUGUGAGGAGAAGUUUGACAUUUAAGAUGGGAAUUUAAAAUUAUCCACAAUGUGUCUCUUAACAUAGAAUGACAUGGUAUUUGUUUUGGAGUGGAUUUUUUGAAUGUUGUAAUUAUAAUUUUUUUUACACUGUGAAAAUAAACUUUAUAAUUGGAA